GGGAGGGCGAGCGACGAGGCAAACGUUAUCCUCUCUCUCUCUCUCUCUCUCUCUCUCUCUCUCUCUCUCUCUCCCUCUCGUGUGCUGCAAUGGCGUCCGCCUCUUGCUCUGUCUGGAGCAUGGCGUCCCUUCAUUCUGCGCUCCCGCAGAUCUCGACGGCGAAGGUUUCUUGCGGGAAAUCCCCGGCGGCUCCGUCGCCAUUCCCUACGAUGUGCUCUGAGGUUUCGGUCCGCCGGGGGCUGACCCUCUCGCGGUCCUUUUCCGGCUUGGCGGUCGCAAACCCGUUGCGCAUUAAGCAAGACGUCGAUGGGUUUGAUCUGGUUCUUGGUGUUGUCAACAAUGGCAGUAGAUUCUUUGCAAUGCGCCAUGGCAGACGGGUGCCCAAACUCAACAGGCCUCCUGAUCAACGAAAGGCACUGUUACGGGGUCUCACCACGCAGCUUCUAAAGCAUGGUAGGAUUAAAACAACUCAAGCUAGGGCAAAAGCCAUGAGGAAGUACGUCGAGAAAAUGAUCACGUUGGCUAAGGAUGGCUCUCUGCAUAAAAGAAGACAAGCCUUGGGCUUUAUAUACGAAAAGCAGAUCGUUCACGCCCUUUUUGCAGAGGUUCAGGAUAGAUAUGGUGAGCGAAAUGGAGGGUACACGCGAAUAAUCAGGACCUUACCAAGGCGUGGUGAUAAUGCUCCCAUGGCUUACAUCGAACUUGUAUAGGUAAUACAUUUUUCAAUUGUAAUUUCUUGACUUUUUUGUCAUUGGCAAGGUUGUUCCCUGAUCUUCCUUCAAUGAGGUAAUGAUACGUUCGUGAGUUGUGGAUUGUCACCUAACUUGACCAUAGGAUGCGUCGACAAAACUGCCCUUCCAAUGGCAAUUUGUCUGCUUGUUUCUUUUUUAAAAAAAUAAUAUGCAUAUCAAAUUUGCUA